AAUAAAAAGAAAAGGACCAGGAAAGGGAAAGAGAGAGAGAGAGAGAGUGUGUGUAUGUGUAUCGCAACGCGUGUGAAAUGGAUGGUACGCCAAAGAAAAGCGAAGCAGUGCUAAUAUAUGGAUGCCCAUGGGUGGAACUUGGCCGAAAUGUGCCAGCGCUACCAUCACGCUAUACCGGCGGCAGCGGCGACGACGCAGAAUUCCUCGCCAGCUAGGGAUCCCUCGGCUGCCAUCGCGCAAGGCCUGUCAACCGCCGCUCUCAUCGAUCAAGCCAGCAGCCCGUCUUAUUCGCACUACACGAUGCUGGACAAUUAUGACAGGGGUGAGGUGACACCACCACCGGCGGUGAGCGGUUACGGCGGCUCCCCCGGGCUCCUGGCGCUCCAUUCCUCGCUGUACGCGACCCCGACGUCGAGGGCCUACGACAUCGACUCCGGCAUCGACGGCAACGACAGCUCGAUGCCCAUCGACACCCAAAUCAUCUCGAUACCGAGCAUGCUGACCGGGCCGGCGCAGCAGCGGCUCGAGGACAUGCCCUGGCUCGCCUCCGGCCCGUCGCUGGAAUACCAGCCGGGCAUCUCGCCGAUUCCCGCGGGAGUGAAGAUGUGCCAUCCCGGCGGCGGCACCGCCCAGAGGAGCCUCAAGGAGCAACGGAUACGUCGCCCGAUGAACGCGUUCAUGGUCUGGGCGAAGGUCGAGCGGAAGAAAUUGGCCGACGAGAAUCCCGAUCUCCACAACGCCGAUCUCAGCAAGAUGCUCGGGAAGAAAUGGCGGGGCCUGACGCCGCAAGACAGGAGGCCGUACGUCGAGGAGGCCGAGAGGCUCCGGGUUAUACACAUGCAGGAACAUCCGAACUACAAGUACCGGCCGCGGCGCAGGAAGCACGCGAAACGGACACCCGGUGCACCGUCCUCGCCUCCCUCGGCGACCAACACCACCGCGGGCAACAGAUCCAAUCCUGCCGGCCCGACGAUCCAUCAUUCCAUGUCCAAGAUGGACAGUUACCAGGGCAUGUCACAGAUCCCGUGGGGUGGCCAUUCCCCGAUCUCAUCCCUGUACCAUCAGCAACAGCAGCAGGGUAUUCAGGAGUACAAAUCAGAAAACAAUUCGCUCUACGGCAGCCCUUACACGCCCAUCAUCCACAGUCCGGACAUAUCUCCGGUAGCCAGUCCCGAGCCCGAUGGCGACGGCGGCCAUCUGUCGUCCGCACAAAAUCCGGAUCCGGAGCGUGAGCUGAUGGAAGGCACCUCGAAGCAACACGGAGACAUGGCCGAUCAGACGAAACGAUACACCUUUAUGAGUGGCGACAAUCAAUUGCACACGGGCCACGCUGGUAACACUAGCAUAUCAUCGUGUCAGAAUUCCGGCGGUUACACGGAUACCUUAACGUAUAAGAAAUCCGUGGGCUAUUUGAAUUUCGAGAGACAGUCCACGAGCAUAGCCGCGGUAGGCAUAGCGAACGGUAUGAUGGUGUCGUGCAAUAAGCUACGCUCCGGUUUCGACAACAUCGGCUCCGUCACGGGCACGUUUUACCCGCCGGUCGCCUCGCCGCACGAUCAAUCGCUACAGCAUUACAGUGGCACGCAGUCGUCCAAGAGCACGACGAACUAUUCGAUGCAGCCUACCGUUGAGAGCAAUUACAAUCCGGUCCAAUGCACCGGCAGCCGACAGCAGACUAUGGGAAUCCGCGGGGCCGCCGAAAGUUGUUCCGGUGCAGUGACGCACCGAUACCAAAUGCCGCAUCAUCAGGAAUACCAGCCGGACCCGUCGUCCGGCAGUAGCCAGCAGCAACACGCGAUUCUCGGCGGUCACAUUGAUCCCGGUAUGAGCGCCGAGGACGAACAGCAGCAGACGCUCCAGCUGGAAAAGUAUUUCAAGUAUUCCCAUACAACGAGCGUGGCGCAUUCGAGCUUGUCGUCGCAAAGUAUGUUGGACAGCAAUCAUAACUACGCCAGCGAUCUGCGCUACUACGGUGCACCGCCGCAGUCUCAGCUGGAUAUACCGAAUUCUCAAUGCAUCGUCGACGAUCAGCAUGGCAACAAGGAUGCUCGUUGUCCUAACGUCUCGAUCGGUCACGCCAUGGAGCAGUAUCAUCCGGGACUGGAGGUGUCCAAGUACACGGACCAUUCGGUGACACAGCCGCAUCAACAGCCGCAGCCACAGCAGCAGCCACAGCAGCAGCAGCAACAGCAACAACAGCAGAGCAUGGAACACGUGCCCAAGACCGACGAUGAUUUCAGUGUUAUACUUGCGGACGUGCGCAAGACUUGCUACAGUAGCUAGUGUUUCUUCUUCUAGUGCAUAGAACGAUCCACGGGUUUCGGGUUGGACCGACAAGCGAAUUUCAGGGACUCCCCUUUCGCUCACCGUCGGGAAGGACAGGAUGCUUGUGUGCACAUUUUGAGUCAUCACGUGGCCGGUGCUACGCGAAAUAUAUCAAAGCAUUUUUAUAUCUCGUGAUAAAAGGUACGUUCUUCUCGUUAACUUCAGAAACAAUUUCGGGCUCAGUCGGGCAAAAGGUAUAUUGCUUGCUAAAAAUCGAUUCAUUCAAUUUCCAAUACGGGAAAUAUUUAAUUGGUUUUUUUUUUGGAACUUUGUCUAUGAAUAUCCCUUGAAUAUAAGCACGAUCUCUUAUGGAUUUCAGUACAACUGAAAUUAUAUUCAUGCGAGUCAGUGACGUACAAUUGUCGCCUGUCAACAAGUUGCGGAAAGCGAAAUUGCGAUAAAAAUACGAUACGAAUACAAUAAUACGAUAUAAACAAUGAUAAACUGCCUGAUAUGAUCAAGAAUGUCAUCAUAUUUCGUUACAAUGAAUAUCGUUUUAUUGGAAUUUUUUACAAAAUAUUAAAUUUCCUGGAUUUCUGAUAUCUUAUCUGCAAAUUUAUACGAACACUUUAAGACUUGAAAAAACGUAAUGACUAGGCGGCUGGUGGUGCACGGAUAAUGUAGCAUUAAAAUUGCAGAGAGAAUUGUAUACUCAUAUAGAUGUCACAUUAUUUUGUCACAUUAGUUUCAUUAUCAAAGAUAACAGUAGCAAAGAUAAUAGCGAUAGCGAGAGAUAUUAAAUUUAUGUUAUUAUAUUAGAAAACUUUCACAUGUCAAGAAAUGUUUUGCAUCAGCAGAUCAUCUCAUAUUUACUUCGAGAUAGCAGCAUUUACUUUUGGUGCUACACCAUUGUGAGCUUUAUCAUCCAAAAACUUAUUUUUAAUUGUCACAAACGAUGGUUUUACAUAAACUUAUGUUUUUGUGUGUAAAUAAAUUUUCCUUUUCUUGCUCAUCAGGGUGACGUUUCUAGUAACUUGUGCACAAAGUCUGCACGUCAAGUUUUGUAGAAAUGCGAAUGGUGCAAAAUGUCUUCGAUGUGUAUAGAGAGACGUGUAAAGAAUUCUGGGUAAAUUAUUAUCAUACUAUUAUUUUGCUAUUAUAAUUUUACCUAUUAUUAACAUUAUUAUUAUUAUUAUUAUUAUUAUUAUUAUUAUUAUUAUUAUUAAAUGUAUCGUACUUAAUAGAAUCGAUUGUGAACAAACAUUUACCUGCAUAUAUUCUUCAAAGAAUAUCCUUCCAUAAAAAAUAUAACACAUUCUUGACGCGCUUUAUAUUGUUGUGCAUAUCGUUUCUUUUAUGUAUGUAGCGCACACGUAUGUGGUAGGUACUACACACAAUAUAUGUAUGAGACAUGCAUACAUAUAUAUUAUAUUGUAAAAUAUUAUAUUAUGUUGUCCAUUUCGUCACUUAAAAUAAAUUUCUCAUUGGGUUUCACACAAUAAAAUUAUAUAACUUUCUAAAAGAAUAUUACAUCCCCGUGAGGUAAUACAUCGCGCUAAUAUAUUUUUUAAUCACGUACAUGUAUUAAAAGUGACCUUUCAGGAUUGAUUUCCAUGUUAUUAAAACACACACAUGUAUGUAUAUUAAUUCUUUUUAUUAAAUAUAUAUAAAAAAUAUGUGUAUAAGAUACAACAUUAUGUGUAAAGCUGAAAUCAUACAUAGUGUAGUGUAGUGUAGUGAUAUCCAUAAAUUACAUCAAAGGGGGUUGAUACAAUAAUUAAAUAUUUAAUAUUUCUCAUUUUCCAUUAUAUAAUUCUGACGCUUCUCGCACCAGAAGGUCACAGAUAUCUAUAGAUAAAUUCUUUUUUACUAAAUAAAUAUAUUUAUAUUAAACAACAGGCACAUGAAGAAAACAAGUAUUAAAUAAAUUAUUAUAAAUAUUUUAUAAUAUCGAGUCUACAAUAAGACAUUUAUAAAUAUUUCCUCGAGUUAUCUAGGAAUUGUUAUUGCACAUAUCGCCCUUUUUAAUAUCUGUCGCAAAGCCAUUUGAUAACUGAAAUGAUCAAUGCUAAAGUCAGUAUAUCAAAGUAAGAUCUCAAAAUUAAUCUCCAACUCUCCCUGCUAAAUCAGCAUGCAUAUAUUUCUAUGCAAACAAUGUAUUUUUACGAAUUUUUUGUUACAUUUUAUGUAUUAAUCCCCAUUGAUUUACACGUAAAUAUAUUUACGAUUAUAAUCGAAUUGUGCGACGUUUAUGUUUGCUUUACCAUUAUAAUAUGGUAUGUGUGAAGGAGGCUGACGUCGCUCGAUGCAAUUUAUCAAUCAUUCGUAGCAGAACCAGGAUUGUUAAGACAAAAAUAUAAAGAAUGAAUUCUUUUAGUAAUAUACAAUUCUUUCUUACUUGAAGUUAUAUUCUAAAUAUACUUUCAAGAAAGAAUAUAAAAUUCUCUGUUAACUUGUGCGUAUAACGAAAAAAAUCAGUGGCAUAUUUCAAUUCUAAAUGAAAAAAAAAAAAGACAUUGUUUCUGUCACAGAAUUAUAUACGUAUUUUGUGUUUCUAAGAAAAUCUAAGAAAAAUAUUAAAGUUGAUUAAUAAUAAAUUUAAUCGUUAGAAUAAUUAAUGAUUAAUAAUUAAUAAUUUCAAUCGCUUAAUCCCGGCUCUUUCAUAGCUAUGUUGUGAAUGUCUCUUUAUCACUAUUUUUGCUUUCGUAGCAAUCAAUUGCUAAUAGAAUUAUAAAUGGCGAGGUCUAUUUGGGGAAUCAUACCGAGUACAUUUUUCUCGGCAUUAACAUAUUGUACGUCUUCUAUUCGCAGUAUAGUGGUUGUUGACUAAAACCUGACACCAAAUACUGCUAGAUGAUCAUAAAUAUUUCGUGAACAUCAGAUUACAAGCGUAAGUAUAUACGUACGUAUUCCUUCGCUUCGAAAACGAUCUCUACUGUAAAUAUAACGUACAUGUAAGAGAUUUCAGAGAGCAAUGGCUUAACGCUAUACGUUAAAUGGACAGAUUUUACAGUCUUAUUCACGAUGAUCCGCUAGAUAUAGCUCUCUCAAUAAAACGUGCAAAGACAUUCGUUACAAAUUAGAUUAAUUCACGUAUCAUUAUAUAAAUUGCUAAUAUUCUUAUAAAGUCUCGCACAGUACUGCAAAUCUUACAUAAACUGUACAAUUUUUGGCUAUUAACAUGAAUUUGUAUGUACAUGAAUUUAUAUAUAUCUAGCUCAUCGGUAUCUAUUGUAUCAAUAUUGUUAUUUGUGACUCUGCAUAUAUAUAUGUAUAUAUAUGUCUUAUGUACAAUUAUAACAUAUAAUGUACACACAUACAAUGUGUAUAAAUGGCAGCUUUACAAA